AAUCGCAUUUAGUUCGAUCCGUGCUACUGAGCGGACGCGCACUUUUGUUUUAGUAUUCGGUUUUUAAAUACAGUUUUGCGAACAUAGCGGAUUAACAAGAUACGAUGUGGCUAGAUAGGUUAUUAAUACUUUGCGCUAUUCAAAUAGCGUUUCUUAUAAUUUGUGUCGCGGCCGACGACUACAAAUGGGCGUGCGACAACGGCAAGUGUCUCAAGACACGCCAUGACCCCAAGAACAAGGAAUCCGCCCUGAGCUUGGAGGCUUGCAAAAUGUUCUGCAACGAAUAUGGUCUCCUUUGGCCAAGGCCCACCGGCGACACGGAUCUCGGUAACUUCCUCUCCAAGAUCAACCUGAACAGUAUCGAGAUGAAGAUCGAACGGCAUGGUGGUACUGACAAACUGAUGCAGGCAGCUUUUCAGAGAUUUCUCAGUAUUGUGGCUCUAGCUAUACCCAAAGAUGCGAAACCGAAAACCAAAGGCAAGGUGUUAGAUGUACAUCUUAUCAACGAGGAUCCCGAUAACAGCGAUUUUUCCUUGGACAUGCGUGAAAACUACACACUGAAAAUAUCCGGGAACAACGAUAAAGUGGCAGCCAUCAUAACUGGAGGGUCGUUCUUCGGAGUCCGCCAUGGCCUAGAAACACUCUCUCAGCUCAUUCUUUACGAUGAUAUCAGAGAUCAUCUCUUAAUUGUUCGUGAUGUUAGCAUUGUGGACAAUCCGGUCUACCCAUAUCGAGGCCUGCUUCUCGAUACAUCAAGGAACUAUUAUACCGUGGACUCUAUUAAGAGGACUAUAGACGCAAUGGCCGCGGUGAAGUUAAACACGUUCCACUGGCAUAUUACGGACAGCCAGAGCUUCCCCUUCGUGUCUCAGAGGAGACCGACGCUCUCCAAAUAUGGCGCUUAUUCUCCUUCUAAGGUGUACACCCCCGCGGCGAUGCGCGAGGUGGUGGAGUACGGGCGCGUGCGCGGUGUGCGCGUGCUGCCCGAGUUCGACGCGCCCGCGCACGUCGGCGAGGGCUGGCAGGACACCAACCUCACAGUCUGCUUCAAGGCGGAACCCUGGGCCUCGUUCUGCGUUGAGCCCCCGUGUGGUCAGCUGAACCCCACGAGGGAUGAGUUGUACGAGGUGCUAGAAGACAUUUACGCGGAUAUGUCUGAGAUAUUCCAACCGGACAUCUUCCACAUGGGCGGAGACGAGGUCAGCGAGCGCUGCUGGAAUGUGUCCGAAGAAAUCCAGCAGUUCAUGGUCCAGCACCGCUGGAACCUGGACAAGGCCGGCUUCCUCGAGUUGUGGGACUACUUCCAGAAGAAAGCACAAGAGAAGGCGUACACGGCAUUUGGCAAGAAGCUGCCGCUGAUCCUAUGGACCAGCACGCUGACGGACUACAGCUAUGUUGACAAAUAUCUUAACAAGAAUGAUUACAUCAUCCAAGUGUGGACAACAGGGGUAGACCCCCAAAUCCAAGGGUUACUUUCAAAGGGGUAUCGCCUCAUUAUGUCCAACUACGAUGCGUUGUACUUAGACUGCGGGUUUGGUGCCUGGGUUGGCGCAGGGAACAACUGGUGCUCUCCCUACAUCGGCUGGCAGAAAGUUUACGAUAACAGCAUAGCAGUCAUGGCCUCAGAGAACAAGGAUCUAGUUCUAGGAGGUGAGGCGGCCCUGUGGUCCGAGCAGUCGGACACGGCCACGCUGGACCAGCGCCUGUGGCCGCGUGUCGCCGCGCUCGCCGAGCGGCUCUGGACGGAGCCCCCCACCACGUGGCUGGACGCCGAACACCGUAUGCUGCACACGAGAGAACGCCUCGUCCGUAUGGGAAUCCAAGCAGAGUCCAUCCAGCCAGAAUGGUGCUAUCAGAACGAAGGCUAUUGCUACAGAUAAGCAACAACCGUCCAAACAAUACCUUGCGGCAGUAUUUCUAGCGAAAUAUUAGUGCUGUUUAUUGUAUAAUUUACUAUCUUAUGAGUCGAGAUUAAAUAAUUCAAUUACGGAAGUACCUAUAUAAGGUUAAGACAAUUCUUAAAGAAUUCUGAAAAUGUAUAAGAUCCCAGACAUUCUGUGAAUUUAUGAGCCAUGUAAACAUCUAAUCUAACUUAUAAAGUUGGUGCCCUUGUCAUUGUUAAAAAUCAAAAUACGCAAGCAUGAAGUCACAAACUAAUCCGCCUCUUUUAUGAGUUUUUGCUAUUUUAAAUUUGUUACUUAACAUUAAGGUAGUUCGGUUUUUUAUAUCUUCUCAAUGUUCUCAUAUACCUGAUUUAGGUAAUUAUUGUUUCAUAGCAAAUAUUUUUUUCGACAUUCCAUAUGGCUAGUGUUUGUUCAGUUAUCUCUCUCUAGUCAAUCCACUCACUUGCUUUUCGAAGCUGGACUUUGGUGGUGGGGGCUUGUUAGACCGUACCUAACCCUUAUUGAGAAGGAAUUAAGAAUUAAGAUAACAUUUAUUUCGCAUAUUGAGUCACAUUCAAUUGAUUAAAUAUAAAUGGCAAAUUCACUGAUAAUGUGGGAUUUAGACUACAAAUGCACGCUGUGCUAACUGUUAGUGAUUCUACUGCCUUGGCAUAAAUAAGUACCUAGAUAAUAAUUAAGAGUAGGUGCAUGAAACUUCGUCUACUUAACUAUUUUUUGGCGCGUACAGUGACGUGGUUUCUUUUAACACGUUUACUGGGAUAUAAUACAAUAGAACAAAUCUAAUACUUAUUAUUAUAUUAUUGCACGUA